AUGGCUUACACGCAGAAGGACGCAGACUUCAGAAUAUCUGGCCACGAGCCUGAAUAUGCGGCUGCGGCUGAGAAACAUGCUGCAGAGCCCGAUGUCCCUGCUCCCCGAGUCGGUGAAUUAAAUUUCGACGAGUACACGCAGGGUGGUCUCGGCCGGCACUUGGGUGUUUUCUCGACAAUCUUCCUGAUUGUUGGUCGCAUUAUCGGAACCGGCAUUUUCUCCACGCCUUCGUCUAUCACAAGUAGCACAGGAAGCGUCGGCGCUGCAUUGCUCCUAUGGGUGCUGGGCCUCCUCCUCGCCGGCUCCGGUCUAGCAGUCUGGCUAGAACUCGGAUGUAUGAUACCACGCAGCGGAGGGGAGAAGGUCUACCUCGAAGCUGCGUAUCGUCGGCCGAGACUCCUUAUUACUGUUGUCUUUGCUGUUCAAGCUGUCGCUCUGGGAUUCACUGCCUCGGGAUGUAUCGUCUUCGCCUCGAAUAUGGUUCUCGCAUCAGGAAAGACUGCCUCGGAGUGGGAGAAGCGUGGGAUUGCCAUCGCGGUUAUCAGCUUCAUUACGCUGAUCCACAUCCUAUUGCCCAACUGGGGUGUCCGGGGAAUGAAUGCGAUCGGUGUAAUGAAAGUGGUGCUCCUCCUCUUCAUUGUGGUUACAGGAUGGGUGGUUCUCAGCGGUAGCGUACACAGCGUACAGGAUCCAUACGCCAGUUUCCAUAACGCCUUCGCUGGCUCGGCGACUUCGAGUAACUUAUACGCGACGGCGUUGUUCAAGGUAUUGAACUCAUUUGCAGGCUGGUCCAACGCAGCAUACGUCCUCAAUGAGAUCCGCGACCCCGUCCGAACUCUCAAGAUCGCCGCGCCAACAGGUCUCGCCAUCUGCGGCGUGCUGUACAUGCUCGCGAAUGUUGCCUACUAUGCGGCUGCGACACCGGAGGAGAUUGCCAGCAGCGGCGUCACAGUCGCCUCAUACUUCAUGGAGAAGGUUUUUGGCACCGCUGCCUCGCGGGCACUCAGCGUUCUCGUCGCAUUAUCUGCCUUUGGAAACGUCAUGACAGUAACAUUCGCACAAGCGCGCGUCAACCAAGAACUGGCGAAAGAAGGCGUAAUCCCCUUUCCGACAUUCUGGGCUUCGUCCUGGCCCUUCGGAUCGCCAUCCGCCGGGCUGCUUCUGCACUUCAUCCCAUCCCUUAUCGUGAUCGUCGCGAUCCCCUUCGGCGACGCCUAUAAUUUUAUCCUCGACCUCGAGGGCUACCCAGGAAGUAUAAUAAACUUCCUCGUCGUGGCAGGGCUUUUCUAUCUCCGUUGGAGCGAGCCACAUCUACACCGGCCAUUCAGGGUCUGGUGGCCCGUGGCCGUCUUCUUCAUGGCGGGCCAGGCGUUCCAGGUUGUUGCGCCGUUUAUCCGGCCGCCUGGUGGGAAGGGCGAUACGAGCUUGCCGUAUUGGUUGUAUCCAGUUGUCGGAAUUGUCGUGCUGGUGGCUGGCGUUGUAUAUUGGGGAAUCUGGCAAGUUGUUCUACCAAAGCUCGGAGGGUAUAGGCUUGUGCCUGAGCAUGUUGUUCUGAAGGAUGGGACGACGGUUGCUGUUUACAAGCAGCGGCAUGAUUGA